AUGAACUCGUCUUCAAAAAGGACGAAUCCUCAAUCGCCAUAUGAGAACCACCCAGUAACACAAGAAAAAGAAGCCCCUCUUCACCAUGGCCCUUCAGCCCUAGAAAUCGCCACCCACGCCGUCGCCCAGCUCGAAGACAAUCCCCUCUUCAACAGCGGCCACGGCGCCGUCUUCACCCGCGACGGCAUCAACGAGCUCGAAGCCUCCGUCAUGGUCUCGCGGGGCCUCAAGAAGCGCGGCGUCGGCGUCAUGGGCCUGCGGCGCGUGCGCAACCCGAUCCUGCUCGCGCGCAAGAUGCUCGAGCACGGCGAACAAGAUCUUGCAGCGUCGUCACACGCCUCUUCUUCUCUUUUGCUAGAUGUGGAUGUACCGUCUGCGCAGGGGCACACGCAGCUUCAUGGUGAGACAGCGGAGAGGCUCGCUGAGCAGUAUGGCCUUGAGAUAGUGGACCCGGGGUACUUUUUCACGCAGCAGCGCUGGGACGAGCAUGUUCGUGCGUUGGAGAGGGAGAAGCGCGGACUUGGCUUGGGGACGUGGCAUGCGGACGAGUAUCUCCCGCAGGGAACUUGCGGAGCUGUUGCGUUGGAUGCGGAGGGCGUGAUCUGCGCGGCGACGAGUACGGGUGGCAUGACGAACAAGCUCACCGGGCGUAUUGGCGAUACUCCCGUUGUAGGGGCCGGAUUCUGGGCUGAAGAGUGGGAAGAUGAAACUCAAGAGUUGUCAACAUGGGAGAAGCUCACAAGUCAAGUGAAGAGGGCGCAACCGGGGAUCAGUUUCGCGGGCCCGUUGAAGGGCUUGCUUGCAGACUGCUUUCCUACCCCCUGGAUGUACUCGCCCGUCAACUUGGAAGAAACUCAACGCCUCCGCAGAACAAACUCCACGACUUCGACUCGGUCCAUCGGCGUAUCGGGAACAGGCAACGGCGAUUCCUUCCUACGCAUCAACGCCGUCCGUACCGUCGCCGCCAUCGCGAGAUACAAGCCCCUGGCUGGCAACAAGGCGCUGUCCCAAGUGGUUGGUCCAGGAGGCGAUCUGCAAAAGAGUGCGGGCGAUCGCUGGACGCUCACAGGUGAAGGAGAGGGCGGGAUGAUUGGCAUCGAGUGCACGCUGGUGCGAGACGAAGAUGGGAAUGCGGUGGGCGUUCGAUCGGAACUGCUGAUGGAUUAUAACUGCGGCGGAAUGUGGAGGGCGUGGGUCGAUGAUGAGGGUAAGGCGGUGAUGAGCGCUUGGUCGAAUGGAUCUGUGGACGAGCUGUGA